AUGGAAAUAACCAUAUUCUAUCAGACUGGCUUGACCACCGAGAUAAUCAAGCCAAAAUUAACACCUAAGCCGAAAUAUCUGGAGGACAUUGCUGAUAAAAAUCUGCCGAUUGUCGGUGGGUAUCAUCUUGGUGAACAUGUUCUAAUCGGAAGAAGUCAGUAUUUGAGGGAGAAGUUCAUGAGUUUUCUUUGUAAGAAGUCGCAUUAUAAUGAAAAAACAUCACCCAAUGAUACACAAAUUUAACGCAUGGAUCGUGAGAAUCGUUGAGACUGGACUUAGGGAUAAGUGGAUCACAAAUGCAGC